AUGUCCCCCACCAGCUCCUCCCACCUCGACUCUAUCAAGUCCAUGAUCGCUACCGAUUGCUCGUGCGUAGCAAGUGACGAGAGGAUCGCAACACAAUUCCCCAAGCAAAACCACCGAAAAUCCAUCUUUGAGGGCCCCACAUUCCCGAUAAAUGUGGGAAUAUUCUUCUGUCUUGUAGCGAUAGAUAUCGUUGAGCUGCUUGAGAUCGAGCCAGAAGUAGCUUCGCAUGUGGUAGCUCAAUGCAUGGAGGCGUUUAACUAUACGUUCUAUGAGAUCCUUACCGGGGCCAUCCACCCAUCAGCACAAAGAAGUGUGGGGAAUGUGUCAAAUCCUUCAGAGAGGCAUAAACUGAGAAUCAGCCUCAUACCCUUCUGGCAUUCAGGCAUCUCGGCUAAAGAAGUGUCCCCAGUUGAUUUUGUAUACGCCCUUAGUAAAAUAAUCCACCAGAAUCCAGAAUCAACAGGGGCCACUCUGCCGAUUGCACUCUCGCCAAAAUCGGCCACUAAUGUCUCGGUAUUCCUUACUGGGUCGUGCAACACUUUGAAACUGGCUGGCAUAACACCUUCGCCCAACUGGAAUCGGUCGAUUUUCUUUUCCCAUGACUGA